AUGGAACGUAUGGCCCCUCUUUUUGCUGCUCCGGUGAUUCCAAGCCCAGGCACUGUCAGUUCCCACAUGAUCACCUCCUUGGUGGAAUUUGAGAAGAUGAUCUGGGCAGUGUGUUGUUUGUGUAAUUUGGUCAGGGAACUUCAGUUGUUUUACAAGAUCCACUCUCAAAAGGCAGUCUGGGGCUUUGGAAAGCUUAAUGGCUGUGCGGACCACUUCUGCAAGUGCCCUGAGCACCUGGUCAUGGUGCCAGCAGUAGUAGCCGCUGGCCAAGGCUUUGGGGCAGCUGCUGAGGAGAUGUUGAAGGGACCCUCUCCCAGCUCCUUGCUGACUGAGUUCCACCAUCUUGGUGACCCAUACCUCUUCUACGCCUGUUUUGAAAUGGCCCCCUUUGACAACCACAGCUCAACUCUGCCGCAGAAUGAAACAUCCACCACCUGCCUGCAGUCAUCGCAAUCAGUUAAGACUGAAUACCAUGGAUUUCUUCUAUUCAUCUACUCUGUAGUUCUGGUCAGCGGCAUCAGUGGCGUGGGCCUGAUGGCUCAAAUUCUCUGGUCCAGCGUAAAGUCCCUCACUACCAUUGCUGUACUCAACCUUAUUUUUGCCCACUUCAUUUUCCUCCUAACAGUGCCUUUCAGGAUGUACUACUACGCUACCCAUUGCUGGAGCCUGAGCUUUGGAUGGUGUAAAAUAGUCAGCAGCAUGAUCCACAUACACAUGUAUAUGUCUUUUAUCUUCUACGUGAUCAUCCUCGUCACCCGCCUGCUGACAUUCUAUCACAAAACCAAGCAGACGGAGUUCCAAUGGAAGCUACACGCACUGGUUAUAAGCAUCAUGGUGUGGCUGCUGGUGAUUAUCGUGGUCCCUUGUGUUGUCUACUUUUUAUACGGAGUCCAGGAUAAGGAAACGCAGAGCAACAACAACAGUAGUUGCACGAAUAAAACGGGGGCUGCAACCAAUAAUAGCACUGGGAAUUGCUUCCACUUUGGUAAAUUUAUGUGUCUGUGGAAUAAUAAAAUGUUCAACUAUGCCACAAGCGUCAUGAUCAUCAUAGUGGCCAUGGUACUGACAGCACUCCAAGCUAGAGUCCUAGUAGUUGUACGCAGGAAGUACGGUCGGGGAUGGGCCUCUCAGCAGGUGUUCUGGGCCAGUCUAAAGAGCCUGUGCUUUGCUCUGAUCAUGACGGUGUGCUUCGUUCCCUACCACAUCUUCCGCCUGUAUUAUCUUCAGAACAUAGAUCUGGAGGCUAUUAAUGAAGUGUUUCUGAGUAUCACCACUUUUACCUGUUUGGAUAUGCUCACAUUCAUGGGGAGGGGAUCCUGCUACAUGUGCUGCAAAGGGCAGAGUGUGUGA